AUGUACAACGACUGGUUUGCCGAUUUCUGCAUCAACACCCUCACCCCUGCCGCUCAAAUGGAGAUGCACGACGACGUGCACGCGACGCGGGAGGUUGAGGAUAGGGUCAACCCCAUGUACAUCACUGAGGAGGAGGACGAGGUGGAGGCAUCCAUGGAGGAGGAGGAGGAGGAGGAGGAGGAGGAGGAGGAGGAGGAGGAGGAGGAGGAGGAGAAGGGGGAGGAGGAGGAGGAGGAGGAGGAGGAGGAAGAGGAGGAGGAGGAGGAGGAGGAGGAGGAGGAGGAGGAGGAGGAGGAGGAGGAGGAGGAGGAGGAGGAAGCUGUUAAAGUUUAG